AUGGCAGCAACACCUGAACAAUUACAACAAGCCAUUGAAAAUUUCUUUCUUCUAUUCAAUGGUGUUGUCGUUUUUCUAAUGAGUUGUGGUUAUACACUCAUUGAAUCAGGUGGUGUUCGAAGUCAAAAUGCAGGUCAUAGCCUUUUUAAAACACUUCUUAUUCUUAUUUCUUCAAUCCUUGCUUAUUGGAUAACUGGUUAUGCAUUUGCUUUUGGUGGUUAUGCUAAUGUUAUAUUAGGCACACGUUUUUGGGCAAGUGAACGUUUUGGUGCAAAAGAUCUUUAUCCAGGCGUAGAAAAUUUUACAAAUUCAAAUAAUGCUUUUAAUUUAAAUAAUCAAGAUCCAUAUAUACAUUUCUUUUAUCAAUAUAUGUUAACAUUUCUUGUUACAAAUAUAGCAGCAAGUGCAUUUGCUGAACGAUGUCGAGUACCAGUUUAUGUACUUUUUUCAAUGCUUAUGGCUGGAUUUGUUUAUCCAUUUCUUGCACAUUGGAUGUGGGGUGCUAGUGGUUGGUUAGGUGCUGUUGUUGGUGCACGAGAUUACGGUGGUAGUGCUAUAAUUUAUUUAACAGCAGGUGUUGCUGCAUUAAUUGGUACAAUCUUUCUUGGUCCACGUUUUGGUCGAUUUGAACCACGUACAUUACCUUUAUUUGGUCAUAGUAUUCCAAUUACAUCUGUUGGUGCAAUUCUUGUUGCAUUUGGUUUUUUUGUACUUAAUUCAGGUGCUGAUCAUCGUAUAACAGGAACAGCUUACGGUGAUCGUGUUGGACAUGGUCUUAUUAAUACACUUUUAUCAGGUGCAACAUCAGGUGCAACUUAUUAUUUAUUACAACGUGUUAUUGAAUCAAUUAAACAACCAGCUCGUCAUCUUAAACGACGCGUAUUUUUAUCAACAGUUAAUUCAAUUAUAGCUGGUAUGGUUGCUGUUGCUGCUGGAGCUGUUGCAUAUAAUCCGUGGUCAGCAAUAAUUGUUGGUGCUAUUGCUGCAUUAAGUUUCUUAUUAUGGAGUAAAUUAUUACUUAAACUUCAUAUUGAUGAUCCUGUUGAAACAGCAGCUGUUCAUAUUGGUGGAGGUUUAUGGGGUAUUUUUGCUUUACCAAUCUUUCGACGUACAGUUGGACCUAAUGUUGAUGGUGGAUUUACUGAAAAUACAUUCGUUUCAAUUAUUUAUCGAAUUAGUGUUGGAGAAAGUUGGCGGGGAUUACUUAAUUCAUUAUGCACGGCAGCUGUUGUUAUGGCUUGGACAGCUAUAUUUAUUGCACUUCUCUUUCUUUUACUUAAACUAAUUCGUUUAUUAAAAGUUUCACAAGAAGAAGAAUUACGAGGUAUCGAUUUAUUUCAACAUGGUGAACCAGCAUAUGCACUUCGUAUUUAUUGUGCUGCAUGUGGUGAACAAUUACAAGGUAAAACAAUUGAACAAGAAACGGUUGGUGUACGAACAAAUUUUCCAAAUAUUGUUACUGAUGCUGAAGGAGCAAUCGUCCCUAUCGAAUAUUUCAAUGAACGUAAUGGCUCAAAUGGAAUGAAAACCAAAUCAAUAAAUGAAGAAAAUCGUGUUUGA